AAAGAUAAAAGAAAAAUGGCACACCAAAAUUGCACUCCUAACUUCUUCGUAAUCUUCUUUGUUUCUCUCUCUCUCGUAUAAAAGAAAAACUUGGCCUCCUCCUUCACGGCACAAUUCGGAAGCAUUUUCCUCUCUUUCUCUCUCUCUUUGUUUCUAUCCAGAAGGUCUCCACCAAUAGGCGACGUCGUUUUAUAAUUUUCCUCACGCCUAAGAGAAAAAGAACAGCUGGUUAUUCGUCUACUCUCUUUUUGGUUCUGCUGGUUUGUGAUAGUUCGGUUUUCUUAUUUCUGGAUUCGCUGCAUCGCGCACUGCGUGAAAAAUAUUGAGGACGCCGGAAGCGUCAAGAGCCGGACGAUUGAGUACUGUUGAUAGUAGAAGAGAGGAACCUAGUUUUCCUUUUUGAGGAGGUUUGUUGAGGGGAUGGUAUGAGAAAAAUUUUAGGGUUCGGUUUUUCUGGUUAUUUACCAUAAUGGGUCUGGGUUCUUCUUUGAGAGCCGUCUCCUUUUUUUCGUUGAAGGGAUAGAGUUGUCAUUUCAGAUAUGAGGGUCUUGGUCUUCUUAGUUUGGUCUUCUUGAAUUUUGAAGAACCCUAGAAGCAGCCCUUUUAUUGAAGAAAGAAAAACAAACAGCCAAGUUUACAGAAUUGCCCUUUUUGAGAAGAAUUUUGGAAUCUCUUCUGGUAGAUUUUAUUAGUCAGCAAUACCAUAAUUCCAGUGUAUUUGAAUUGAUUGAUUAAUUGGUUGAUUUAAAGUUGUUUUUUAACUGAAGUUUGGGUGACCUUAGAAGUAUAUAUUGUAUAGAAGGAAAGGAAAGCAAGAAGCCUAAUUACAGUGUACAGAACAGUUUUGAAGAGUUUGGGAAUUGGGAAAUUUUGGAUUAUAGUAGUGAGCCACUUUAACGGUUCAUGUUCAGUAAGCGACUUGACAAGUGAAAGUGAAGUUAAGGGACUAGAACAGUUUUUGGAAAUAUUAGUAAGUUUAAAGCCUGAUGUAAGAAAAACAGAAUUGGGAAAUUCUUUCUUUCUUUAUGAUCAUGAUUAGCAAGAGUUAUGGAAAGAAGUGAGCCUUCAUUGGUACCAGAAUGGUUGAAGAGCGGUGGAAGUGUUACUGGUAGUGGCAAUUCAAAUCACCAAUUUACGUCAUCAUCUUUGCACUCAGACAAUCAUUCUGCAUUGAGGCCUGCCAGGAAUAAGUUGUCUGUUGCUGGUGAUCAUGAUGUAGGUGGGACAUCUGUUUUGGAUAGGACCACUUCUGCCUAUUUUCGCCGGAGUUCUAGUAGCAACGGUUCUGUCCACUUACGGUCUUAUAGCAGCUUUACUAAAGGCCACCGAGAUAGGGAUUGGGAUAAAGAUAUUAAUGGUUACCAUGAUAGGGAGAAGUCAGUUAUCAGUGACCAUAGGAACCGAAACUUUUCUGAUUCUCUGGAUAACAUGCUGCCAAGUGUGUUUGAGAAGGAUGUCUUAUGGCGCUCACAGUCUAUAACUGGCAAGCGCAGUGACACAUGGCCUAAGAAAGUGACAAGUGAUUCAAGCACAUCCAACAAAAGCAACCACAGCAGCGGUAAUGGUUUGCUUAGUGGCGUUAGCACUACUGUUGGUAAUAAAUCUGCAUUUGAACGUGAGUUUCCUGUACUUGGUGCUGAAGAAAGACAAGUUGGAUCAGAAAUAGGAAGGGUUUCAUCUCCUGGCUUGAGUACUGCUGGGCAGAGCUUGCCAGUGGGUACCUCAGCUAUUAGUGGCAGUGAUGGCUGGACAUCAGCUCUAGCAGACAUGCCAGCUGGUGUGGGAAGCAGUGGCACGGGUGUUGCAGUUGCUUCACAAAAUGUUUCUGCGAGCUCAGCUUCUAUGGCUUCAACUACAAUGACUGGCCUUAAUAUGGCUGAAACACUGGUGCAGGGGCCUUCUCGUGCUCGUACACCUCCCUUGUUAAAUGUUGGAACUCAAAGGCUAGAGGAGCUGGCUAUUAAACAGUCAAGGCAACUAGUUCCCCUGGUAACAACAUCGACACCUAAAAUUCUGGUGGUCAGUCCUUCAGAGAAAUCGAAGCCUAAAGUUGGCCAGCAGCAGCAUGCCUCACUCUCUCUUAAUUACACGCGUGGUGGAACUUCAAGAUCUGACAGUCUAAAAGUUUCUAAUGAGGGCAGGCUUCGGAUCCUCAAACCGUCACGAGAAUUGAAUGGUGUCUCUUUAAUGACAAAGGAUAAUUUGAGUCCUACUAAUGGAAGCAGCAAAUUAGUUAAUAGCCCACUAAAUGUCACUCCAUCAGCUUCUGCAUCUGCUCCCUUUAGGAGCUCAGGCAACAGCCCCAGCUUUGCCACUGCUGAGCGUAAUCAGACUCCAUUCCGGAUUAACAUUGAGAAGAGACCAACUGCUCAAGCCCAGAGCAGGAAUGAUUUCUUCAACCUUCUAAAAAAGAAAUCUACUACGAACUCCCCUUCUUCUGUCGCUGAUCGUGGCCCUGCGGCAUCACCAUCUGUCUCAGAAAAGUCUGAUGAACUUGGCACAGAAGAUGCCAGCACUUCUGUUACUCUGCAGGGUGGGAGUGUUCCAUCAUCAGAAAUCUCAAUUGCUGACUUGCCAACUGACAAUAGGAGUGAAAUAACCCACAAUGGAGAUGCUUAUGCUGGGUCUCAGCAGUGUUCUAGCAAUGGAGACAGGCAUGCAAGGCCUGAUGCGUUUCUUUAUCCUGAUGAGGAAGAGGCUGCAUUUUUGCGUUCCCUUGGUUGGGAAGAGAAUGCCGGAGAUGAUGAAGGUCUUACGGAGGAGGAGAUAAGUGCCUUUUUUGAGGAGCACAUGAAAUUGAAACCAUCUGCUAAACUUUUCCAUCGAAUGCAGUCAAUAGUUCCAUUAAAUUCUCAUAAUGGGACUCACGAUGGUGCCUCAUCUGGUUUGAGCUCAAUGGAUUCGAAUUGAGAAGAUUUGACACGUCAAAUAUUUUAACUGACUUGGGAAAUUUGAAUGCAUUGCUGAUGUGGCUACUCUUUUUAUCCCCUUUUGUUUCUUUGAUUGAUAUUGGGAGCGAUUGGGUUUUAAAGGAAAAAAUAUAUAUAUAGGAUGCAAUGUGUCUGUUGCGGUUUGUGAGAGUGGAUUGGAAUAAAGCUACAAAUGAUCCAGUCCUAAGAAGACCAGUGAUGCGUUCUUCCAGGUUUUUUAACAGAAUUUUCUUGAGAUAUAAACAGGCUGAGAGAAGAGGGUAGGAACAGGUUUUUGUUCUUUAUUAUUAUUAAUCUGUCUGCAAUGUAAGAAUCUGCUGGGGGUAAUAGUUUACUGUCUCUGGGGUUUCAACUUGUGGCUGAGGGGCAGAAUUCAACAACAAAUAGCUUAUGUUUUUUUUUUUUUUUUUACCAUUUGAAAAGGAAAAAAAGAGGAAAGAAAAAAAAUUAGCUCUGUAUGGAUUUUGGGUAUCCUUUCUUUGUUCUUUGUUUUUUUUUUUUUUAAACUUAGAAUCCAUGUCAAUAUUUGAUGAAUAAUACCAGUGUUCUUUCACAGAAAUGCAAUAUCAGAGGACAGAGGAUAGUGUUUGAUUUUGGUA